CGUUGCCACGGCUGUCUAGGGUUCUCUUCCAGCAUCACUCAUUCACCUGCGUUUCAUUUUACAAUUAUCCCGUAUCCUUACAGCGUGGAGCUCAAGUCAUGGGCUUCAGCUUGUCCGCGAGAUUUGUCGUAUUCCUAAGAGCUCCGUAGCUGGGUAUGGUUUUUUUCCACAUUUUUCUUGCAUUGCUAGAUUCCCCGUAACGAACGUCACGACAAACCGCCCUUCAUUCUCGCCAGCGUCUCGCUGUAUCCUUAAUCAUCAUUCAUCGACCCUCGAUAUCGCCUUCAUGCGACCAUUCACUCCAGCCCCUCGAAGCCUCACUGGCCCUCUGCCCAGGAAUACUCCCCCGGUAAAAUCUAUACUCAAGCCCUCUUCGCUUCUGGGCCGCAGGAAAGACCAGCACGACGACCUGCUCAAGGAGAGCCCCGAGGCUCAAGACACGUCCAACAAACGGCGCAAGGUCUUCUUCGACGAUAUAAAGAAUGUGACGUACGAAGUCGGCCGGCGGACCAUGGACGAAGUUAAAUUAGAAGUGCGGAUGGCACUGGAGGCCCAUCUGCGAGGAGAUGACGGCCAGUACGACGGGUUGAAGGAGAUGUUUGCCAACGACAAAAAGAGGUAUCUACCGCCUAUUGUCGGAGAAGAAGAGGAUACGCUGAAGCCCCACGAACUUCAGGUUUACCUCAUGGCGUUGACCGGUUGUAUUCCUAUUCUGAAGAGCAAGGACUGCAAUGGUCUGGUGAAGGCGAUCCUCAACUGCUCGUGGCUGGGGCGAGAUGCUGCCUUUGUCAAAGUAUUUACACAUUUUCUCGCCGCCCUAGUCAGUGCGCAAGGCUCCUAUCUCAACCAAGUUUUAAACAUGAUUGUGGGCAAAUUUCACGACACGCGUCCCUCCGCGUGGCGAGUCCCUGAUUUCCCCGAGGUCUCGCGUGCCACGAUGCGUGAGAGGCUGCAUUCGACCCUACAGUACCUUCUGAAGAUGUUUCCAUCCGCCAUCUCAGUUUUAGAAAACUUGCUUAGAACCAAGUUUCCGUUCCUAGACGAUUCGAUGAGAGUCCACAUGGCCUACAUCCACAACCUCCUCCAAGUCAAGGAGUACGUGCCUGAUCUGGCGGAAGAUGUUUUCGAUAUGAUACUCGAUCGCGUUGUCAAAAUAGAUUCACAAAUGCAGCUGGAUUUAGAAGACACGGAUGAUGACAUCACAGCCGCCGUCAUGUACGCACUGCGCGAGAACGCUCAAGAAGAUGCGGGAGGCUGGGAGGACGAGGCGGAUGAUGAUAGUGAUACCGAAUCCGUUGACAGCGACGACUUGGAUUAUGAUCAAGAGGCCGUUCGGAUCAAGACACUCAAAGACAGCGUGGAGAAGAUGGACUCGAUGCUCGAUACCCUUUUCGGCGUCUACACGCCACACUUUACAAACCCCGGGUCAGAUAAAGCAUUUGACAUGUUCACGACGAUCCUACGCGAGUUUGAUCAGAUGGUAUUACCGACAUACAAAUCACGGCACACACAAUUUCUCAUCUUUCACUUUGCGCAGCAGCACGAGCGGCUGACAGACGCCUUUUGCGGUCAGCUCAUCGCCAGCGCCUUCCAGAGCAACACACCAAACAUUCUGAAGCAGGCGGCCGCCGCCUAUCUGGCAAGCUUUGUUGCUCGGGGAGCCCUUGUUCCGCGCAGCCUAGUGCGCACAAUCUUUAUGCUUUUGAUCCAUCACCUGGACCAGUAUCGCCGGAAAUAUGAGCCCCUGUGCCGCGGUCCAGAUCUUAAGCGAUUCCACCCCUACUACAGUCUUGUACAGGCUACCCUCUACAUCUUCUGCUUCCGCUGGCAAGACCUGGUGGUGUCUGCCCCGGAGUUCGUCGACCCUGAAGACCCUGCAUCCUACAUUGGCCAAGACCUUGAGUGGAUUGGGACGGCAAGGAAAGAUCUUUCGACGCACAUAUUCGGCAAACUCAACCCAUUGAAGGUCUGUGCACCGGUUAUCGUCGAUGAAUUUGCCAAGCUGGCACACCGACUCAAUUUCAUGUAUGCGUAUCCAUUAAUCGAAAGUAACAAGCGCAUUCGAUUGACACAAUUCUUGUCAUCAACUUACUCCACUGGAGGUGCCCUACGAGACUCUGGUUUUGAUACCCAAGAAGAGAGCUUUCAUCAGCUGGACCCGUAUUUCCCAUUUGACCCAUACCAGCUGCCGGUAAGCAAGCGGUGGCUUGCUGAAGAUUACGUGAACUGGAAAUCAAUACCGGGUUUGAAUGCGGAAGACGAUGAAGACAGCGACGAUUUCGAAGAUGACGAGGACGAAGAUGCCCUUGAGGACCUUGAGGAGGGCACCGCUACUGAUAGCGAGGGCGACUACUCUGAAUAAGGGCCCCGAUAAGCGAUUAUAAAAGAACGGAUAUACCCAAAGCUCCAUGUGAUGGAUGGAACGUUUGUCUAUUUAUUUGGAAUCUCUUGCACAUCUCAGAGUUUUAUCUAUGAAUUGCUAUUUUAGGAACGGCUAGGGCACACCUACUAUUUAGGACAAAAAGGAGGAGGGAGGGGGCUUGCAUCGUGCUUAUUUACGCAAAGAGCAUAUGGCCUGGGGGUGUUAGUGGCAUUCCCUUUUUUUUUUUUUUUU